ACAGGAGAUAUAGAUGCUCAUGCCAGUUGCAGGUCAAUGCAUACAUGUAUUAGACCUGAAAUACAUGAUACAAAUUGAUGGUGGAUUGUGCUAUUGUGGAUAUUUCCAACUUUUCUUGAGUUCAUAAUACAUUUUCUUGUGUACAGCACUCUGUGAGUCUUUCAAUCUCUGGGUUCUAACUAAUGAGAACUGAAUAUGGAUAACACAUCAGGAAAUAUUAGGAUAGUUUUUACAAAAAUCAGUCGGCAAAUAAACCACGACGAGCUGUUGGAGCUAAAGUUUUUAUGUCGCAGUAGUAAAGAUAAGGAGGAGACAGGGCACUGGAAUCUUGAUGACCUGGAGUACUCUGUAGCUACAAGUCAAGCAGAGACAAACCACAUUGUGGCAGCAAUCAGUGUCCUUACCAAACGUGAUCGGGAAGAAAUACACAGUGCAAGAGACUUGUUUACAAAACUUCAUGAGGUGACUGGGAAAGAUUUUAAUUCCGUCCAAUUUCUCAAACCGGUGAUUCUUCUUCUACGCACUAUCCAUCGCGAGGACCUUGUGAAACAAUUGAUGCCCUUUCUGCGAUGGAGUUGUCAAAACAGUUGCCAGAGCACCCCCACUGGAAGCAGACGGUGCUCCAUGAACUGUUUACCAACUCAAGUGAGCGUUUUAAACUCUGACAGUCUUCAAACUGAUUCAGUGGACUUGGAAGAGGCAAAAAAAGCUUUAGAUGAAAUCUCAGAUAAACCUGUUCCAAAGCCACGCACCCCUCUGCCAGGUGGAGACUUUCCAAUGCCAGCAUUGAUAUUUUUCAUCUUUAUCUUCAUGAUGCCGUCAUUCAACAGCAUGGUUUAUGUUUAUGACAACUACAUCCAUCCUCCAGCAACAGUUAAGAGGGACCACACAGAUACACCAAUUGAGGCGGACAAAGAGUUGUUAGGUCGACCAGUUCUCUUUGGAUUAAUCCGGCCUGCAUUCCCCGACAAGCACGACCUAAGCCUACAUGCACAGAAUGUCCGGAGCUGCCUCGCUAAACACAAACGAUGUCUAAUCAAAGGUUACUUUGGAGAAGGGAAGAGCCACACCCUCUCAAUGUACAUCCAUGAGAGCAUUGGGAAGUACCCUGCAGGAAUAAUCUGGCUGCGCGAAUGGAAAGACAUUGUGGCUGCAGCAGGAGUCAUCGCGAGCCAUCGUGGGACAGACAUUGUCAUCCGGAGAGAAGCAGCUUCAGCAUAUUUGCAGGAUUUUCUUUGGAACACUCGUGGUUGGCUAUUGCUGAUUCAAGACGAGCACUUGUGGGAUAGUAACGAUUUUAAACGUGUCCUAAAUUUGUUUUUAAAUCUGGAGUCGGAUGUCAACCAUGUAAUUAUAACAUCACAUAGGAUUCCUGAAGUGUUACACGAUAGUAUCAAGGUGUACGAGUUUAACUCUGGUGUUCAUUUCAAGAGCGGAUUGCAUUGUCAUAGCAUGGUGGAGGAGGUGUUAUCAAACUCCAUCAGUCUGACAGACAAGGAAAAACAACGUCUGCUCCCAAUCAUGGAGACAGCAAGCUGUAAUCAGUAUGCACUCAAAAGAAUAACCAACUUCAUAAAUGAAUGGAAUUUCACGAUUGAAGGUUUUGUUGCCCACUGGAACGAGAUGACCAAGAGGGAGUGGCUAGAAAUGCUGGGGUUUGGACCAAAAAGUGAUGCACUCCUCACUGAAAUGAAGAUUUUGGUCGACCUCAAGGAACAACAUCCAGCGGUCAUGAAUUUUGUUCUUGAUUACAUCAAGACAGGAAAGAUCAAACAUGAGAUCCCGGAGUGCAAGUUACAUGAUCGAUACAAGGGGGAGCCACUCUUGUUUAUUUUGGCGAAGUUGCGCGAUCUGUCACUGGCUGAUAUUGUCAUCAAACCCGAUGAGAGGUUGUGCAGCGUCCAGAUGCCAUCACUUCUGAGGCUGCUGAUUGAGGUGACGUUCUUGAUGAAAGAGGACAGGGUCGAACGGGUACUUGGAGCAAAAUAAACUCCACGGAACAAAAUCCCGACUGAAAACAUCCAUGUCAUUGGACUCUUGAUAUAAUGUAUGCUACUGUAAACCAUGACAUUUUUGCAUCUGUUUUGCAUGCAUCUGCUGUCGAACUAACCGAGAGCCAAUGCACCAAACUAUAGCUUUGCAAACACCUCAUGGUUUCAAGUACGUCAAAUUUCAAAUGCCAUCAAUGGAUAAAUCAACAUCAAAAUAUAGCUCUAAAAUAGUUUAUUUUACAGUGUGCUUUCAAUGCAUAAAAUUCGAGACAUGAACUCAGAAAUGGGUACAGAUCAAUGCAUUCAGAAUUACCAAAUAUUUGUCUCCAAUCUGAAGAUUACAUGUAGAAUAGUAUAUCACGAGACUUAAUUCCAAUGGAAAUGGAUAUAAAAAGACCUUCAAAAGGAUUAACAAGGUUCCAAAACUGUUAUAAACAGACCAUUCAGUAAAGUUUGUCUUCUGUAAUGCAACCUAAGUGCAAGAAAUGCUUUCCAGACAAAUAAAUAAAC